AUGAACGGCGAGGGUGAAGGAGUCGAACGGCAGCACAAAAGUUCUGAAGAGGAAGAACUCGCGCGGCCGUCGUCGCCGAUAGGAAGGGCCGAAGAAAUUGGUGGUGGAGCUGAGGGUUCCUCACCCAAAAGUGAAACUCAACCACAAGAAUUGGAGCGAGGAGGAGAAACUGCUACUGAUCCGCCGCCGCCAACGCCGCCGCCGAUUGUUACCGACCAACAAGUGCUAGAGAAUGACGACCCAGGGGAGAAAGAAGAAGAAGAGACGAAGUUCGUGGAGUGGGAUCCAACCGGGAGGUUCGGUCGGACGACGCAGUUGUUUGGGCGAGGGACGUACAAGAAUGUGUAUAAAGCGUUUGACGAAGAAGAAGGCAUGGACGUCGCGUGGAAUCAAGUUAAAGUUUCUGGUUUACCGCCAGAAGAGAAGCAACGGCUCAUGCACGAAGUUGAGAUUCUCAAGAAGCUCGAUCAUAAGAACAUCUUGAAAUUCUAUCACAGCUGGAACGUCAUGGAGAAGGGCGAAAUGUCCGUGAAUUUCAUCACCGAAGCGUGCGAAGGCACUUUGAAUAAAUACGCGGCAAAGUUUAAGACCAACCUCGACAUGCGUGCCGUCAAGUCGUGGUCUCGCCAAAUUUUGAGAGGAUUGGAGUAUUUACACUUGCACGAUCCCCCCAUCGUGCACAGAGACUUGAAGUGCGAUAACAUUUUCGUCAACGGUAACGCUGGCGAGAUUAAAAUUGGCGAUUUAGGUCUCGCAGCUAUGCUCAAUCAUCAAAGAACGCAUUCUGUCAUCGGAACGCCCGAAUUCAUGGCUCCUGAACUCUAUGAGGAAGAUUACGAUGAACGCGUAGAUAUCUACUCCUUUGGGAUGUGUUUGAUUGAGUUGGUCACCUUCACGUGUCCGUACUCGGAGUGCAAAAACCCGGCGCAGAUUUAUAAAAGAGUUUCGCAGGGCAUUUUGCCCGAUGCUCUCGAAGCGGUCAAGGAAAAAGGCGACGCGAUUUAUAAUUUCAUUUUGAAGUGCAUUGCACCAAAAGAAGAGCGUUGGACUGCUUCUGAACUGCUCGCGGAUCCGUUCUUGGAGAAGAAACAGUCGCGUCCACGCAACUUACCGCGCGCGGUCGUUGAAGAAGAACCCGCAGCGCCGAGACCUCAGGUCGCGGAAGAGGAAUCGUCAGAAACGAGCAGGUCUAGUUUUGACACGCUUACGAAUCCUCCACCUGUACUGACGAGCAGCGAUGCUGUCGCUGUUGCGGGUAGCGAAACGAAGGGGAAAGGUUUGUAUCCCAUACAAGAGGCAUCGAAAGAACUUCCGGCAACGCCCGGCGGACGAUUCUAUCGCGUCGUUUCCAACACCGAAGGAUCUUCCGACCUACCCGCUGGUCCUUUCGAACAACGCGAGCGUGGUGCUUCGUUGAACAUUCGCGUCAAAGGUUUGUUGAUGGACAAUAAUACUUUACGUUUGCGCUUGCGUAUUACGGAUCAGUCUUCCGGUCAGACGAGAACUGUAGAAUUUCCAUUCAGCACGAAUACAGAUUCUGCGCAGAACGUCGCGAAGGAGAUGGUCGAAGAGUUACAACUCUCUGAAUCCGACGUGAAUACUAUCGAACGCGAGAUAAAUAAGGAGGUGAAGUAUUUGUCCGAGGAGAGGCCGAACUUGGAAUCUGGCGAACAACACUCCUCUCGAGACUCGUUUGAAGAGAUGCGAUCUACGAACGGUUUCGGCGACGGAGGUUCGAGUGAACAACUCGCUAGCGGUGCUGGCUCUACCACUGGGUUGACCAGAGUGGAUAGUGCGAGGUCGGUCGAAUCGCAAGAUCGCGAGAGCCUCCAUCAUCACAGCGCGGGAGGAUCGCCGGAGGAGAUGCACGAGCGAGAAAGAUCUCCGCAAAAAUCCCCCAUCGUCGUUUCCGCAGAGUUGCGACAAGAUCCAUUUGUCAGAUCAGCGUCACCGUCGAUAGUCGUUGGUAGAUCAAAGACGCAAGAGGACGCUUCAUCCGUUCAGCAAUUAGGCUUGGACGUGCAGAGCAUGUCGCUCGCUUCUGAUGAACGCAUAGAAAGAUCUCACUCUGCGGGACCGGGAUUGGCUCAACAGCAAUUCAAAGCACGCGAACCCUCUCAUCAGUAUCCAGGUGAUCAGAGAGGCAAUGAUUCGAGCGCGAGUGCAUCGAAGUUGAGUUCUCCGUUAGCUUCUCCGCCGGUUGGUGCUAUAAAUAAUUCGAAUUACCCACAACAAAUUCCGGCGGACGUGCUUUCUAGCGGUGGUAUUUCUUUACCACCAAAACAUCCUCAGUCUCAACAGCAAGCGAUGAAACAGCAGCAGCAGCAACAACAACAACAACAACAACAACAAGGCUACGACGCGUCAGCAGCGGCGUAUCCGAGUCGAUCAGAGACUCCGUUUCUUGCCGCACUAGAGGAUGGUGAGUUAGAGUACGAUGAUGAAAUGGAGCUUCAAGUUUUAGAGGAGUUAGAAAAAAUGCAGCAGCAAGAAGAGGCGGAAAUGCGGCACAGGCACGCGACCGAGCGCCAGAGUAAAGUUCGUGCUUUUCACAAAAGGCGUUUAGAGCGUUCGUUCUCAAGAUUAGGAACCAAUCAUCAAUCAGAUGGCAAUCUCCCGCAACUGGCCACCGUGCAGCAACAGCAACAAUACACGCAGCAAGUGCAGCAGUCUCAAAUGACUCAGACCGCGCACUCUUCAGCUUCGUUAUCGACCUUGUAUCAGCCGGUGCAAUCACAGCAACAGCAACAGCAGCAGCAACAACAUCAACAACAACAACAAUACGCUCAACAGCAUUUCUCUGCCGGGAUGGAAAGUGCCAAGCCGCCUCUCGCACCCUCUCAGGGUUACAGCUCUGAUCAACCAUUGGUUAACGGUCAUUUGCAAAGUGCAGCUGCUGCGUCGAAUACGUACGGAAGUGAUAUUGGAACCUCUUCGAUUGGAACGAUGUCUCGCGAGUCGUCCAAGGCGUCUAUGAGUUCUGACAACCGCGACGAAGCUGGCGACAUUGGAAAGGUACAGUUGACGGGAGAGCAGUUGAAGGAGGCGAAAGAGAAAAAGAAACGCGCCGCGUUGGAAAAAAUGAAUGCGUUGACGGGGAGUUGCUUAACGGGAUUAGAUGUUAGAAAGAAUAGCGAUAAGAGUUCUCAACUAGCCUUGAAGGACGAAGCGAAACUGAUGGAGAAGAUGCAAAAGGCUGCAGACUCGGUUUCGCUGAGCGGCGAGAGUUGA